AUGUGCAGACGCGUCCCUGGGAGCACGAGCGUUUCCACGACACCAACGUCACACAUCCCCCACAGCUUCCGCCAUCCUCAGUAUGCCAGUCCAACGGUACCACCAACAGGUCAAGCAACUCCUCCGUUUCUUCAAUCCCUCCCGAUUGCCGUUGCGCAGGAUUCCGUUUCGCACCAUCCAAAUGCCAUCGCCUCUGCUCUCCUCAACGCGCAGUCAUCCGUCAGCGUUCGGCGUUGUCGACGAUGCCGUUGCCCCAACUGUCUGAAUGCCCCACGAGACGGUUCAGGUGCCAAGAAGAGGGAGCACGUUUGCCACAUUCCCGGGUGCGGCAAAGUGUACGGCAAAACGUCCCACCUCAAGGCUCACCUCCGGUCCCAUGCCGGAGAGAAGCCCUUCGCGUGCCAGUGGAUCUUCUGCAACAAGGCCUUCACUCGCUCCGACGAACUCCAGCGCCACCUCAGAACGCACACGGGCGAGAAACGUUUCGAGUGCGUCGAGUGCGGCAAACGUUUCAUGCGCUCUGACCAUCUCAACAAACACGUCAAGACCCACGAGAACCGACGCGCCCGUCUUGCUUCUGCUUCUCCUGCCGAAGGUGACGACGUCGACGUGGAACUCUGCGAUGACGCCGUUGAAGACUGUGCGGAGGAACUUAUCUCUGUUACGCUGCCAGACUCUCCCGUGUCUGAAGCAGAGCUGCAGGAAGCUGAUACUGACGUCGAAGAUUUGCUAGAGAACUCUUAUCUAUGUGGACAGGAUAACCACCUGUCGCAAUAUGGCUAUAUGCAAAACUUCCAGAUCUAAAUUGCACACUAGUUAAAAUUUCCUGGGUGAACCAUCUAUGUAAAACCCCGUGAUUAUAUAUUUACUUAUU